AUACAGCAUCCGCAGUUCUUUUGGUUUUUAUUAAGCACCAAGUACAGUUGGAUUAAGAUUUUAUCUCCCUUUGAAAAAAUGGUUAAGAUUCCAUUUGCUUUCCUAAUUAAUUACAGUAUCCGGUAGUGAUCACUCAUUGGCCACCUGGGCCUUAAUCCUAACGAUACCUGACAGUACGAAACCGAUCUGAGCAGUGAGUGAGAGAUAGUAGGAACUGCAGAUGCUGGAGAAUCCGAGACAACAAGGUGCGGGGCUGGAUGAACACAGCAGGCCAAGCAGCAUCAGAGGAGCAGAGAGGCUGACGUUUCGGGCCUAGACCCUUCAUCUGCACCUUGAGCAGUGAGUGCGCUGUUUCCGCAUCCAAUAGGAUCGGCGCUGAGGCGGGAUUUCCUCCUUGUUCGAGGCUGGUGGUGAAUGUGUAGUUUUCAAAUGUCGGUGACAGCAAUGAGGAGUUUUGUUUCCUUGGGCUGUUUGGUUGGACGUGGCAAAAUUGGUUUUAUGCGGUUCGGUAAAGUAAUGAAUCUGCAGAAUGCGGUAAGCUCUUUAGCCAUGGAAGAGCUGUGCAGUGCAUGGAGAGGAGUCACGUCUCUAGUUGUCGGUAGAAGGCGAUACUCCGGGAACUGUGGCGCUGCCGAAAUCCAGAUACAACAUUUACAGGGCGACAAUUCGGGAAUUACAGCUGUUUUAAUGAACAGACCUCAUGCAAGAAAUUCCCUUGGAAAUGUAUUUGUUACACAGCUUGAAGAGGCAGUUGAAGAGUUGUGUCAAGACAAAAGUGUGCGUGUGGUACUCUUUAAGAGUCAGAUCAAAGGGGUUUUCUGCGCAGGUGCAGACUUGAAGGAACGUGCUCAAAUGAGUAAUACAGAAGUUGGCCACUUUGUACAUAGGUUGCAAAAUUUGAUGAACAACAUAGCAUUGCUGCCUAUGCCCACCAUUGCUGCAAUAGAUGGAUAUGCUCUUGGUGGUGGUCUGGAGCUAGCAUUGGCAUGUGAUCUUCGUGUUGCAGGUAGGGUCCCUUUAAUAGACUGCUUAACUUCGACUGAGAUCUCAUAAGUGGAGAAUCAAAGU